GCUGCUGAUAGUGAGAGCAAUGAGAAAUGAUCAGAAAGGGUAAUUGAAAUCAAAGGAGCAAAGAGGUUACGUUUUACCUGCAGAUCCAAGAUAGUGAGAGCGAGAAGCCAUGGCCGAUGGUCUUGUGCAAGCUUUGGUAGGAAACAUACUAUCCUUGGUUGAGAAGGAGGGGUCAUCCAUAAUAGGAGUGCGCUCCGAGUUCAAUGAAAUUAAGCGUGAGUUAGAGAGCAUGAUAUCUUUCCUGAAGGAUGCGGAAAGAAUGAAGUUGACUGGUGAAGUGGUAAAGACUCGGGUGAAGCAAGUGAGAGAUAUGGUUUACGAUGUGGAAGACAUCAUUGAUGAGUUCAGGUAUCUAAUGAACAGCCAACGCAAACGCAGCAAAUUCAAGAACGCCAUUGUUCAAACUGCAAAACUCCCAAAGAAUACCUGGGUGAAGCAUGAAAUGGCUAAAAGGUUACAAGAAAUCAACAAGAAGAUCAAAGAAAUUCCAGAAAGAAGAAAACGUUAUGAUUGCAACAGCACAGAAGAGAGUCAUACUAGUUCUUCCAGGAGGUCGCAACACCAGCUAGGGCCAUUUCCUUUUAUUGAGGGUGACAGUGUGCUAGGAUUUGAGAAGCAUGAAAAGAUUCUAACAAAAUGGUUGUUGGAUGAGGAACCAGAAUGCACUGUAAUUUCGGUGGUGGGAAUGGGUGGUUCAGGAAAGACUACCCUCGUUACAAAAGUCUACAACGCUGAAAUUGAGAAGAAAUCUUUCUCAUGCUACGCUUGGGUCACUGUAUCGCAAGCAGCUUCUAAUGUCGAGAAUCUACUCAGAAGCAUGAUAAAAGAGUUCAUGGUGAAUAAGAAAAUGGGUCUAGAUGAUUUGAUCACAACGAAUUAUUGUCAGCUAGUUGAGACAACAAAAUCAAUGGAUUACUCUCAUCUGGUGAAGACACUUCGCAACCACUUGGAGAAACAGAGGUAUGUGAUUGUUUUAGAUGAUAUAUGGGAUAUCAAUGAUAAUCUAUGGCUGAAAAUAAGCAGUGCACUACCACGUAAUAAACAUAGAAGUAGGGUCUUGCUUACAACUCGAAAAGAGAAUAUCGCUAACUUUUCUUUUGAACGUAGAAAACAUAUUUACUACCUUGAACACCUCCCAAAAGAAGCAGCUUGGGACCUCUUCUGCAGAAAAGCAUUCUCAGCAGAUAAGGGUUGCCCAGAACAACUGGAACAAACAGCUCGAGCUCUGGCUGAAAAAUGUAAUGGACUGCCACUGGCUAUCAUAGCUAUGGGCAGUCUUAUGCAUUCUAAAGGCGUGAUGGAGCAGGAGUGGAGUGAAGUCAUUGAGAGCCUCAACAGCGAGCUCAGCAACAAUCCUUUGCUAGAGCCCGUGAAAAGCAUCUUGUCUCUAAGUUUCAGUGAUUUGCCUUACUACCUCAAGCAUUGUUUCCUGUAUUGCUGUUUGUUUCCUGAAGACUAUGUGAUUCGACGGAAGAGACUCAUUAGGCUAUGGAUAGCAGAAGGGUUUGUAGAAAAGAGGGAAAACAAAACUUUGGAGAAGGUUGCAGAUAGUUACCUUACAGAUCUAAUUAAUCGAAACAUGCUUCAAGUGGUAAGGAAGAACAACAAUGGCAGGCCAAAAGAAUGUAGAAUGCACGAUGUUAUGCGUGAGGUAGGUCUCUCCAUUUCGAAAGAGCAUAACUUUUUAGUUCUAGACAAUAACAAUGAUGGCAGACCAAGACGGUUAGCAGUGCACAAAGUCAAUGAUCAUAUCCAAUCAGGCUCCCAGAUGUCUCAGCUUCGCUCCUUGCUUGUAUUUUCUGCUACUGCUGAUGAUGGAGCCAUUUCUCAUCAGUCUCUACUGAACACCCUUUUGCCUAAAUUUCGGCUGCUAAGAGUUUUAGAUCUUCAGGGGGUUCCUAUCAAGACAGUUCCAAAUGAAGUAACUAGCCUAUUCAAUUUGCAAUGCUUGAAUUUAAGAAAGACUCUCAUUACAGAGCUUCCAUACCCCUUUGGACAUCUUAUAAACCUGCUGACUCUAGACAUUAGCGAUACAGAGGUGAAGGUUCUUCCAGGUGACAUUGUGAAUUUGAAGAAUUUGCGCCAUCUAAUCAUGUAUCAUUACAAUCUUAAAAACUAUGCUACUUUUGAUCAUUUAAGUGGCACAUGGGCUCCAUCGGACAUAGUCAGGUUAAAGAGCCUUCAGGUCUUAGCAUCCAUUGAAGCAGCAGAAGUUGACAUGAUAAGAAAACUUGGCGAAUUGACCCAACUCAAAAGGUUUGAGGUAACUAAGAUCAGAGCAGAUGCAGGGAUAGAGCUGUGUAACUCAAUUCAGAAGAUGAAACAACUCCAUCGCCUAUUUGUGAUGGCUACUGAUGAGAAUGUAUCACUUAAGAUGGACACCCUAGAGCAACCUCCUCUUCAUCUCUCCAGAGUCACUUUGGUUGGCAAACUAGGCGGGAUUCCUAAAUGGUUUCGUUCGCUUGAAUCUCUGACCUUCUUGUUUUUGAAAUGGUCCCGGCUGAGAGACGAUCCUAUACCAUCCAUUCAAGCACUGUCCAAACUUCAGCACCUUACUCUCUUCAAUGCAUAUGAUGGAUCACGGUUGCGGUUCAUAAAAGGGUCGUUCCCUAACCUGAAGAUACUGAGACUAUGGAAUUUGCCACUACUAAAUCAAGUAGAUAUUGAGCAAGGAGCAAUGCCAAAUGUUGAAGAUCUAUGGCUGAGUGGUUCUAAGAGGUUAAAGAUGAUCCCUCAUGGUAUUCAACACCUUACCAAAUUGAAGGAACUAACCUUGGAGGAUGUAUCCACGGAACUUGUAAAACGGCUGCGUGGUGAAGCCCCAGAUCGUACAAAAGUUAAACACAUUUCCAAAAUCAAUCACUACUGGAAAGCUGGUUUUGGAUGGUCUUCUGAAAAUUUAUAGGGGUGCGGAUUUAUCAGCGGUCGAAGCUCAUUCUUUAGCUUUAGGUUUCCAAGAACAGAACAUUGUCAUUGAGGGAGAUUCAAAUCUAGUCUAACCGAAGAAAACUACAGCAUAUGCAGUAGCAGGUGUCUUAAAGUCCAAUACUCGCAUGUUUUCAGAGAAACAAAAUUUUCUGCAGAUUGGUUGACUAAUGCAGGGCAUGUCUCGCCUUCAAAUGAUCAUGUCAAGCUUUCUGUUUUCGUCUUCAAAUGAUCAUCUCUGGUGUGUGUGCGUGGCCUGGAUUUUUUAUUUCUUGCUUUCUGUUUUAUAUAAUAAGAAUAUGAACACAUAUUAUACACAGUGAGGGGUGGAAUGAUUGUGGGUUUUAUGUAUUUUAUGACUGGUUUGGAGCCUUAUUAAUGGUUUCACAACCUG